GGGCACAGCUAAGCCAGACGGCGCCGGAGAGUCACCAGGAACAGCAAGGGAAGCCAUUGCAGCCAGUGGCGGGGAGGUGCGGCGGCACCCACAAAGACCCCACGCCUCGCGCGAUUCCCCACUCGCCGGGAUUCCCGAGAAGGCCUGGCUGGGCGAGGGGCGUGGCCACGCGCCACAGGGGCGUGGCCUCCAGCGCGCACGAGGAAAGGGGCCGGCGCCACAUGCGCGCGCACAGCCGGCGGCCGCGCGCAGCAGACUCGGAGCCCGGAUGGCGGCGGCAACAGCUGGAAGCGGGACGCCCCGGGAGGAGGAGGGCCCCAGUGGGGAGGCAGCGGCCCCGCAUCCCCAAACCUCUACGAAUGCACCCGGGCCUCGUCUCUCGAGGCUGCCUCUGGCGCGAGUGAAGGCCUUGGUUAAGGCAGACCCCGACGUGACGCUCGCAGGACAGGAAGCCAUCUUCAUUCUGGCACGAGCCGCGGAACUGUUUGUGGAGACCAUUGCAAAAGAUGCCUACUGCUGUGCUCAACAAGGAAAGAGGAAAACCCUCCAGAGGAGAGAUUUGGAUAAUGCGAUAGAAGCUGUGGAUGAAUUUGCUUUUCUGGAAGGUACUUUGGAUUGAUUGCUGAGCUGGGCAGUUUUUGAGCCUUCACCUGCAGCCUGCACCUAGCUCUCCGCAGGCCUCAGCUGCGAAGACUAUAGAGUCCUUGGAAUGUUGCACUCACACACUUUUCCUGUUCUGCCUUCACCUAAGCUGGGAUAAACGGAGCUCUCACCUGUUAGUUUUCCUGUGUAAGGUCUCCCACUGCUUGUGUCUUCCGUUUGUGGACUGGAUGCAGCUGCUGCUGCACGGUGCAGAGAAAGAAAAGGAUUUGUGUCGGUUGCUUAAUGAACGAUAAAGAUCAGAAUAAAGGUCGCUGAUCAGCUUCA